AUGUCUUCGUCCGAUUACCAAAACGAUGCUCACGAUGCCCAUCAGACUACUGCUGUCGAAGAGUACCAUGGUCAGCCAUCUUCAGGUGUUCGCUCCCCAGAACACUAUUACUCUGCUGGCGAAGAAAAGGCCGUAGAAUAUCCAUCCUUCCCUGAACCCCAAUUGCCUUCUCAUAGUCCUCAUCUUGACCAAACAAUGUUCCAAAACUACGAUAACGAAAACAAGGUUGCUUUUCCAAUGCCAUACUCCCACGAGAAGGAGUCUGAGAAAUAUCAUAAUGAUGCUACUGCUUCAGAUACUGUCUAUGAGUCGUAUCAAAAAGAGAGCAUGACUGAUAAGGAAGACUAUAACCAUGCAAGUACCUAUGCCGCUAUCUAUGCACCUAAUACUGAGGACAACGUAGCUGCAAGUGAUGAUGUCCAAGUUCCUGAAUCCGCUCAAGUUAAUGAUAGUCGUGCUGCUAUGUUGUCCGAAGCUAAUGGAGAGGGCGAGAAUAAAGAACAUCUCGUUUAUCCCAGCGAAGAAGAAGGUUCUGUCAAUAUAAGAGAUACACUUAUUGGUGAGGAAGAACACAAGGAUGAGAAGGUUGCCUUGAGCGAUGAACAAGCAAAUGAAGCUCAAAGAUUGGAGGACGAAAGAAGGCUCAAGACCAAGAUGGAGGAGGAAACCAAAGAUAGAGUUUUCCAACCAGAAACUGAACCUGAGGCUGUCUACGUUCCUUCUAUCAAGCCUCGCUCUGACGUUGCUGAGCAAAACUGUUGUUGGGGAUGCCUUGCUUGGAUUUGCUGCUGGACUUCUGCUGCUUCUGAUAAGAAAUAA